AUGGAUGGCUCAGACAAACGAGUUCCUUUGAUCAUUGGUCGUGCAUGUCGUCCUCGAUGCUUCAAUGGCUCCCACGGCUCCGAUAUGGGAUACAAUUACUUCUGGAAUACCAAGGCUUGGAUGACCAGCCCAAUUUGGAACAUAUUCUUAACCGAGCUUAACGCUGAUAUGCAACACCAGGCGGCAUAUUUUGUUAUUAUGCGACAAUGCGCCAUCACAAACACACGUAACACACUACUCAAACAUCCGUAUCGAAUUCCUUACGCCAAAUCUGACGGCAUGGGUUCAGCCAAUGGACGCAGCCCAGGAGUGUUGGAUAGUCACCCAAAUACAACGUUGGAACUCGAGACAGCGCUUCUGGAACAGGCUGCUGGCCUUCCUCACCUUGCUCAGUCUGUUUCACGAAAUGCUCUCGGUGUUUGA